AUAGGAGCUCAUAGAUAGAUAUCAUAGCACGGCGUGAUUGCGCGAUAAGCUCCCGAAAAGUAGCUCACAGCUCACAGUUCAUCGGCCGGCCGGAUCUCGCAUAUCAUACACUCGUCAUAAGCUCACCUCCAUGCGUCCAUGAAGUAUACGAUCAAACCCUAAUCAAGUCGCAAACCGGGUAUUCUCAUCAUUAAAAGCCCAAUUAAAGAGGGGCCAUCCCGAGCGAGCUGUUUAGCUCAGCUGAGUCAAUUCGGGGAAUCCGGAAUCUGACGUCUUUGUCCUAUCUAUCGGUAACGCCCAGCCCCAAGCCCGUGAUUGAUCGCGUGCGCUCCCUGCUCCCGCAAGCAAAGACCAUUCUCGCCAACGCGCCAUACGUACCUAUCUACGUAACACCAAACCCCCAGCUUUUAAAAAAAGAAAAAGAAAAAGAAAUAAGCAAACCUCUCGCCGCCACCACCAUGCUCAAGCGCAUGAACGCGCCGCGGCGACCAACCCCGGUCGUCGUCCCCGAGGUCCGCGCAACACCCUCCCGAUGCCCGCCCCUGCCCCUCGAGAUAUGGACACAGAUAAUGCGCACACUAGUGCACAGCGAGGACCUACCCGAGCUAUGGACGGGUCUGCGUCUGCUCUCGCACACCAUCAAAGCAGCGCUCGAAACCGCGUUCGUAGACGAACACCUCGCGCGUCUGCGCGGCUGGCUCUACGUCGGCGAGCCGCAGCUCGACACGCGACGGCCGUGGAGCAUGCCGGGCGCAAAACGCAUCGUCCCAUUACAGCUCGUGCUCUCGCGCUUCUCCCCCGAUCGCCGGCGCGCGUACUUCGUCUCCCUGCUGCACCGCAACGACCCCUCGCUGAAAAUCAGCCCGAGCUUCUCGGACUGCAGCGAUAACACUGUUGUCGCGGAGUGGUUGCGUUCCGCGCGCGGGGUGCCGCCGCCGGGGGCUGGGCCGACGGAGGGGCGGUUAAGGUUGACGAUUGGCCCGGAUUGCGCGUGGACGCAUUGGAAACACCAUGUUAUCGGUAGCGAUGGGUUUGUUGUUGAGAGUCGGAAUAUCACGUUUGAGGACGAGGACGCGGAUGAGAGCGGGAGCGACGAUAGUGGUGAGCGUAGGGCGGCGCAGGGGAAGGCGGUGCGCGCGAUUGGGCUCGAGGUCGAUCGUACGAAGUGCGAGGUUUCGCUUGAGUGGACGACGUUGGUUAGUUGUGUGUUUGCUCGGCCGAGGAAGACUUUUGGGGAGGCUUUCCAUGGUCGGUGAGGAUAGGAUUAGAGUUGUGGCCUUGAUUUUGGGGAUGGGUAGAUUGUAAAGAUAGUGCGACGGGAUGUCUUGGUUUGGGAUUAGAGCGGAUGGUGGAUAUGCAUAUAAUAGACGGUAUAUACGUGCAGGAUUAUCUAGAGGCUGGGCUGGGGAGGCAACUGGCGAUAUUAGGUUUGUAACGGAAAUCAUCCGCGGAUACAGACUUAAGGUUGACUUAGCGGUCGAUUGACGUUUUUAUACACUUCAUUUACAUAGUAAUUCGGAUUUAAUAUCCGUUGAUCUCAUAGAUAGAUUAGAUUUAGAAUCGCAUUCUAACUUGACCUACA